GUAUACCUUUUGAUCGCUAACGUACUCGUCUAUGACCAUAUCUUCGUAAGACGAGUCAAUGAAACGCAAAAUCAUUUGUUCUUUUUUAGAUGGCGGCUGAUAUAAAGGCAAGAACAGCACAGAGUUGCACUCCUUAUUGACGUUGAAAAUCUUGAAAUUGUACACGUCACUCAGCGGAAAUUCUUCCAGAAAAUUUGGCACUUUGAUUGUUGAAUUCUCAACCCGCUCACUGCGGCAGUAUAGGUGAAGUACAUAUGGGCUGAAACUAUCAGUUGUCUGUAACCUCCAGGAUACGGGUAAGAGCAUCACCAUGGCAAUGGCAACAGGGCAGGAAUCUCAGAAAGAGGAUCUGAACAUGAACCAAUCUCACAAACUAGAUCUGAGUGGCGGCGGUGAGCAGACCGCGGAGUUAGUGACCACGCCCGUUGAAGCGGCUGCUGCGGGUGACAUUGGUGACGGAAUGGGUAACUCAAGUAGUGGAACAGGGGCAGUAACUCUCACACAGAUCCAGCCCCUUUCAGAAAAAGGGGAUGUAAAGGUUGUGGGAAAUGGUGUCAAGAAAGAACUGGAUGACCUGCUCAAAGCAACAAAUCUGACCACCACAUCUAUAGAUGGCGCUGUAAGGUUACGGAUGGAAAACGAGGGGUAUGGUGCUGAGAAACCAAUAACUGUACAGACCAUGUUCCUCCAGACAGUACAACAAGUACCAGAUAAUCUUGCACUCGCUGUGAAAAGGAAUGGAAUUUGGGAAAAGAUUACAUUCCGUGAAUACUACAAUCAGUCGCAACAGGCUGCCAAAUCACUCAUCAAGCUUGGCUUAGAGCCCCACCAUGGCGUGUCCAUCCUCGGGUUUAACUCACCAGAGUGGUAUAUCUCAUUCCUUGGUGCAGUGUUUGCAGGAGGCAAGGGGACGGGUAUCUAUGCAACGAACACUGCAGAGGCGUGUGGGUAUGUUUUGAAGAAUUCGCGGUCCAAUGUCGUUGUUGUUGAGAACCACGCACAGCUGAAAAAGAUCCUACAGGUGUGGGAGGAGCUUCCUGACCUGAAGGCCAUCGUACAGUACACCGGUGAGGUCGCUGAACGCAAGGAUAACAUAUAUUCAUGGGCAGAGUUUCUACAAUUCGGUAAAGAUGUCCCAGACUCAGCGCUGGAAGAGAGAACCCUGAUCCAAGCCCCAAAUACCUGUUGCUCACUUAUAUACACAUCAGGAACAACUGGAAAUCCAAAGGGUGUGAUGAUCAGUCAUGAUAAUUAUACAUGGGUAGCUGACAAAGUUGGCCGUCAGAUCAAGGUGGUGUUUGGGAAGGAAAUCUCCAUAUCGUUCCUCCCCUUGAGUCACAUAGCGGCACAGAUGUUGGAUUUCAUCGUGGCACUGAAAUUCGGUGGUGCAGUAUACUUUGCUCAACCAGAUGCCUUGAAGGGCUCAUUACUGGAGACCUGGAAGGAGGUGCGGCCGACAACUGUCUUUGCAGUCCCGCGUCUUUGGGAGAAGAUCAACGAGAGACUGGCAUCAGAGGGGUCGAAAAGGUCCAACAUGGCCCGCAAGAUAUCAGCUUGGGCCAGGGAUAAGGGCCGAAGGGGCUCACAAGCGCAAAGUAAUGGUGGAAGCAAACCAUGGGGCUGGAGUAUAGCCAACAUCCUUGUGUUCCGUAAACUGAAAACGUUGCUGGGACUGGACCGAUGCAAACUGUUUGGUUCAGGGGCUGCUCCUAUCAUGAAGGACACGCUAGAGUUUUUUUCCAGCCUCAACAUUCGCAUUGAUGAGGUGUAUGGAAUGAGUGAAUGUACAGGGCCGCACACAUUCAACACAGAUGGAGCAUACAAAAUGACGAGUGUUGGCAAGGAAAUGUGGGGGGUUAAGACACGCUUACAUGAGAUGGACCAUGAGAGCAAUGGGGAGAUCUGUUUCUGGGGUCGACAUGUGUUCAUGGGAUAUCUUAACGAGCCAGAGAAGAACAAGGAGAUAUUCGGCGAUGAUGAUUGGUUACAUUCCGGGGACAUCGGCAGACAUGAUGAGGACGGCUUCCUCUAUAUUACUGGAAGAAUAAAAGAGUUGAUCAUCACAGCGGGUGGAGAGAAUGUGGCCCCAGUACCGAUUGAGGACAAUGUGAAGGAGGCCCUGCCUUGUGUUAGCAACUGUAUGCUCAUUGGAGACAAAAGAAAAUUCCUCUCCAUGCUCAUUACACUUAAGACUGAUCUUAACCUUGACACAAAUGAACCACUGGACACACUGACCAAGGAAACCCUGUCAUGGUAUCAGUCGAUUGGCUCACAGGCUCGUACAGUAGAGGACGCUCUCAAUGAUAAAUCUGUCUUGCAGGCUAUCCAAGCAGGAGUGGACAAAGCAAACAAGAAAGCUGUAUCUAAUGCAGCUCGUGUCCAGAAGUGGACAAUUCUUCCAAAAGACUUCUCCCUUCCAGGCGGUGAAUUGGGGCCAACAUUGAAGCUUAGAAGACCGAUAGUUGUAAAAAUGUAUGACAAGACAAUAUCUGCCUUCUAUGAGGAGUAAAUGUGUGUUAGCAAGUGAAUGUUGCUGCUACACAAUGAUUGAUCUGAUGUCAUUUGAUAAGUUUUCAAAUUAUGUGUAACAUUGCAUAAUCAAUUGGUAUGUUGUUAAAAUGGAACUUAAAGCACAUCGCAUGUUGCCAUUCAACUAUUUAACUGACACAAAAAAAGGGGUUAGAUUUGUACAAUCAAAUGGGUAACUUUGACCUCCUGAUAAACUAGUGACCAGGCAGAGGUAGGUUCCCAUUUGCCUAACGCUUAUUGCAAUAAUUGAAAUCCAUUGUCAUCAAGUAGUCUUCAGUUUGCUCAAAAUUUAUUUUUUGUUAUUUUUGUUAAGGAAAUUGUAAAAUAUUUCGACAAAAGCCUUAUAUAAGUAGUAACUACUUAGAAAGCACCCAUGUAUGAGGUAGUUUACCUUAUUUAGGCCAAUGGGGUAUCUGUAUUUAAAAAAAUGAGGUAAAUAUUGUGAAAAGAUUAUACAAUUGUGAAUGCCAUUUCAUAUGAAUACACAAACUUUUUAAUUAUUUUUGUACUAUUUUCAGACUAUAUAAUGAUGUAGUGUCUGAUUGUGGUUGUGAUAUUAAACCAAACCAAAUUGAUUUUAUGUUUAGGGUCAGGUUAAAAUUUUUAAACCUACCCAGUAGGAAAAAACAAGGGCUUUGAAAAGUACAAUCAUCUUUUGGUUUCUUUGACAGCAAGUACUAAGCUGAUUUUAUCAUAAAUAUGUAAUUAUAAGGUCACAUACAUGGGUAGGUCCUUAUAUGACAAGAAAAUAAACUACAUGGUAACAACUAUUUAACCUUGACUGAUCCUGACUCAUUUGAUCAUUUUCAGCACCUUAAAUAUGUUUACUCUGGCUCAAUUAUUGUGUAUUGUAAUUGUUGUGUCAUUUUUUUACGAUUUUAAAAAAUGGAAAACUACUUGCCUAAAAAAUCAACAUAAAACCGAUUUGAGAUGGCCCUAUGCCUUCAGACUGCUUUAACUUUGGUGCUUUGUGCUUCCUUUUUCCAUGACACUAUUUUGAUCUCACAUUGUUGGCCUCAGUGGUCCAAUGUUCCCCUUGGUGACCUGGCUAUUGACUGAAUGGUAUUGAAAACUUUUAUCAGUUACAUGUUAUGUAAGUGCUUUAAGGUUAUAGUAAUCGUUGCUCAUUAAGUUCAAUCUUGUGAGAUGCAUAAACAUGUGUAGUUGAUUUGUUAAUGUUAAAUCUUGUUCUUAGUUUUGUUAUGGAGUUACACACUUUUAAUUAAAAUCUAAAAAUGUUUAAUAUCUGAUUUCACAUAUAAUUGUACAUACAUGUAGUUUGUAUUUCAUAUAAUAUUGCAUAUCUUUAUAAUUCUGUGAACACUGUUUUUUUGCAUUUAUCUCCAAUGUUCUAUGACACAAAUUAUGCAUCAUUGUAAUUCUAUUUUUGUAACAUACAAAUAAAAGAGACACACUCAUGAAAUCAUCAUCAGUUAUGUCAAGUUGUGAUGUUAAACACUCUCAAUAGAAUAUUGAGAUAUUUAGAUGAAGCAUGUAACCUAAGAGAGGAAAACAUUAACCUUUUAGCUGUUUCUUAAAGCUGCACUCUUACAGAUUGAACGUUUGACAACUUUUUUAUUUUUUGUCUUGGAACAAGUCAAUUGUUUGCGAAAAUGCAUGGAAACCAGUUAUAUAAGACUGCUGCCAGAAAACAAGAUCACAGAUUUUUAUUUUCAAGUUCAAAAAUUGAUGUUUUAUGCAUUUUCUUAACCGUUAGUAAAGGUUUAAGCCAUAAAACAUUAAUUUUCGAACUGAAAUAUGAAAAUCUUCGAUCUGAUCUUUUGUCAGCAAUCUUAUAUCAUUGGUUUGCAGAUAUUAAUGCAAAAAUUUGCUCUUUCGAAGACAGUAUAUCUGUGAGAGUGCAGCUUUAAACAGCUUGGUUCAUGAUGAAUUAAAAUCUGUUAAUUUUAUUUACACUAACUACUCAUCAUUAUUCAUAUCUUAGAGUUGUGUUUGAGUAUCAGUUUCUUUAAGGCUUUACAUUCCUAAAAAUGCUUGAAAUUAGUAGUUAACUGCCUUAUCCACUGCACUAGACAUGCUUUAUUGAAGGGUACCUGGGUAUAAUGGUAUGCAGUGGAGGGUUUCAUUGGAAUGUAAAGCCUUAAGAAAACACAUUAUAUGAUGUUCACAAUGUUUGAUAUUUUUUCCAGAACUAUAAUGCGAUAUGUGUACACUAUGUUAAUGUGCUAUACUGAAUAUUAUUAUUUGUGCUGGUUAAUUGAUGUGUUCAUGAUGAUGAAUAUAUUUUAUUAUGUAAUACAAAGUCCCUAUCUCAUAGUAUCUGUUUCAAAUUUUUCAUAUACAUUGUAUCAUAUCAAUUCUGAUAUUGUAUUUUUGUAGAACUACAUUGUAUUAAGGUAUAAGAAAAGAAAUAGUUUGUUUCCGGUUUCCUACCAACCUACUUCUUAUUGCCACUGGACAAUUUUUUUUCUGGUGGUUGGAUUUUUAUCCUUUUUAGUGUUUCAACAUUUUCCUGUAACAGCAAGAGGCAUAAAUGUAAUGAUUUUAUAGAGUCUAGUUAACAUGCACCCAGACAAAAUGGUUAGGGUUACAUGUGUGAAAAUGUCAUUCAGACAAAACUAAACCUAACAUAAAAAUCUCGACCUUCCAAUUAGUUAUGUUUCGUUGAUCGAUUAUUAUUAUAAAAAAUCCAUUGGUUGGGCCUGAAAUGGUGACAAUCUUUUGUAUUUGAUUAGAAUCGAUCAUCGAAAAAAAAAAAUAUAUAUAUAUAUAUUUAUGUGUGUUCAGAUUUUAUCUUUCACAAAAUGGCAGAUGAAAGCCACAUUGAGCAAGUAAAUGAACUAAUUUUUAUACUACAACACUUAAUAACUUCAAACAUAACAUAUAUGCAUAUAAUUAUUAAGAGUUCAAUUCUGUACAUGAAUAAAACUACAAUUCAGGUACUAUAUAUUAUUUAAAAAAAAGAUUGAACUAUCGAAAAUUGGUUUAAUACUUGAGUGGAACCGAUUAUCGAUAGUAAACUUGGAACUGAUUCCCAUCACUACUUCCAAUGCUAUUUUCUGGCAGUGAAAUCGGGAACAAACAAUUGUUUUGGGGCCUGAAGAAUUAGUAUAAAGUUAUGGUAGUUAAUAAUAUUGAUAUAUUAUAGAUGAUAUUUUUGGGUAGGGAAUUGCCAACUUGUAUUUUAAUGCUUGGUUUCCAGGUUUAUACACAUUUUAGGAAUAGGCUGUUAUAUGUAAUAUUCAUGAUUUCAAUAUAGUGCCUUGGUGUUAUUAAUGGUGAUUUGUUUAUUGGCAAUUUAAUGUUACUUAUUGUAAGAUUAGUCUGGUUGUUGUUAAUUUAGAAUCAUUUUAAACAAAUGCAAAGAAAAGUAUGAUUUAUGGUUUUACUUUUCUGUAAACAAAAAAAUGGUGCUUCCAAAUUGUUCUUGAUCUUUCAAUGAUAAACAAUUAUAUUUUUUAUUGGAGUAUGACAAUAGGUUGGCAAAAGACAAAUAAUAAAUAAUAAUAUUGUGAUAUUUCCUAAUAUUUGCAUAAUCUUCUUUCUGUGAUUACUGGCUUCUGGAGUUAUAAUUACAGUGAGGAAAUUAUAUCAGCAUCAAGUGGUUAGAGAUAAUGGGUUCAUUAGUGUCUUUACUUAGAGAAACUUCGAACAUUUCUGUUUUCACCUCUUUUGUAGUUUUCUACCCAUUUUCAGCAGCUUUAAAUAAAACAUUCCAGCAUGCUUUUGUGUUUCAUUUUCUAUGCAUAAAUGCCUUUGUUUAUGAUGUACAUAUUGAAUCAUUCGGCUAGAUGGAUGAAUUAGAGUUUAUUUAUGUGAAUAAAGGGAUAUUUAAGAA